UUAGAUACCUUGGAUCAUAGCACCACCUACUUAUAGAAGCAUCCCGAGCCUCAACCCACUGCAUCUCCUCGGAAAGUGCGUUAGCCACAUCCCUCCGGUCUCUCGGGAGCCCUCGGUCUCUUUCCGCCAGUGAAGGGCGCAGUCCUAGCAGUGAAGUGACUGGAGAGAGCCCGGGAAGCGGCACACUUGGAUAGGGACCCAGAGAGGGAGCGCGGGCGUGCCCCUCGCCGGAGGAUCGCACUGACGGGCGGGGACUCAGCAUCCUCGCGGCUGCGGACGCGCCCGCUCUCCGCGCCUCUGCCAGGCGCUGCUAGCCCGAGCACCUCCGCGCACCCCAGCCCGACGGCGGCGGCCAGAAGCCGGGAGCUGCCAGGCGCUGCAGGCGGGUUUCAGCAAACUUUUCCCCAGCCCACGUGCUAGCGAGGCGGCUCGUCCCCUCCAGCCGGGAUGGAACGCCGCGCCUAGGCACGCCGAGCCGGGCACGGUAGGCGACCGAGCGGGCUUCCGCGCCAAGGUUCCAGUACGCGAGAUGGUGCUGGCGCGGAACUGACAGGCGAGGCCCUGGGGCUAGCGGCUACUCGGCGUCUUUCCCGGCUGCGCGGUCCGCGCCGCCUGCUCGCAGGAGCCCUUCAGCUCCCCGACUUUGAGAGGCGUCUUUCCCAGCCCAACCGCCCAGAUGCAGUUUCGCCUCUUCUCCUUUGCGCUCAUCAUCCUGAACUGUAUGGAUUACAGCCACUGCCAAGGCAACCGCUGGAAACGCAGUAAGCGAGCUAGUUAUGUAUCAAAUCCCAUUUGCAAGGGUUGUUUGUCUUGUUCCAAGGACAAUGGAUGCAGCCGAUGUCAACAGAAGUUGUUCUUCUUUCUUCGAAGAGAAGGCAUGCGUCAGUAUGGAGAGUGCCUGCAUGCAUGUCCGUCGGGGUACUAUGGCCACCGAGCCCCAGAUAUGAACAGAUGUGCACGAUGCAGAAUAGAAAACUGUGAUUCUUGCUUUAGCAAAGACUUUUGUACCAAGUGCAAAGUAGGCUUUUAUUUGCAUAGAGGACGUUGCUUUGAUGAAUGUCCAGAUGGUUUUGCACCAUUAGAUGAAACCAUGGAAUGUGUGGAAGGAUGUGAAGUUGGUCACUGGAGUGAAUGGGGAACUUGUAGCAGAAAUAAUCGCACAUGUGGAUUUAAAUGGGGUCUGGAAACCAGAACACGGCAAAUUGUUAAAAAGCCAGCAAAAGACACAAUACCCUGCCCCACCAUUGCUGAAUCCAGGAGGUGUAAGAUGGCUAUGAGGCACUGUCCAGGCGGGAAGAGAACACCGAAGGCCAAGGAGAAGAAGAACAAGAAGAAGAGGAAGCUGAUAGAGAGAGCCCAAGAGCAGCACAGCGUCUUCCUAGCUACAGACAGAGCUAACCAGUAAAAUGAAAGACCCAGAGGGGUGGACUUUGGGGGUUUUUUCUGCGAAAGUGCACAAAGCUACUCUGCCCCCAUGGACACUGACUGGCGGGCAGCAUUUAGGCUGCUCAGACCAGCAUCUGUUCCCAGUAACGUUGUGAACGGAGGAGCCCUGCGAGGGUGGGCUCUGUUAUUUAUGUUUUGAUUUACGUCUGGAGACUGUGAAGGCAGGAACUUGCGAGCUGAAUCCCGAAGCAAGAGUCAGUGUACAGCUUGUGACCAGGCUUGGUGGAUGCUGAGAAAACCUUCCCUGGUACCACAGAAGAAGGGGCAGGUGGGGUGAGGCCUCAGCCCCCCAACAGACGGGGGAUUUGUGCAUAUUUAUGUGAAAGGAGAUGCUGAGCAGGCAAGCGCCAUUUUAGUCAUGGCCUUUGUUUCUCACAUCUGCAUUUUCCAGGCUAACUGUAAGUGGCUAUCUGCUUAGUGUCACCCUACCUUGACCUCAGUAUCUGUGACGUUCAAACUGUUGAGUUGAAACUGCUUUGGGAUGAAACUGCUUUUAGCUGGGGGACAAGCUACAGGAUAUUCCUGCUCAGUUUCACAGCGGCUCAAAUAUGUACAUAUUCCGCUGGGACUACAUAUACACCUCUUAUUUACUGUAUAUUUAUGCUCUCUUCUGUGUAACAAGUCCUACUUGAUUAAUAUGAUGUCACUUUGUUUCUAGAAGUUUCUAACCAUUGUCUGGUAAAUGACUAUUUUAGUUUUUGCAAAUUGACAGAAUGUUUUGUUGCCCUUGAAACUUCUCUUGGUGGGCUUAUUUCUCACGGUAAGGAUAGGAUAAGCUAGUUUGUACAUAGCAGAUGACAGGUGUCAAAGAUUUUGAAUGUGGCUAGCCUUUCCCCACUCCAAGUCUCCUCACACAUACAGCCUCACCUGGCAGAAACCAAAACACCCUUUGAUUAGAUGUGAUGGCUUUCUGAAAUGGCUCACUUGUAUCACUGCAGUUUCACAACUCAGCUAGCAUUUUCCAAACUUUUCCAGGCAUUGCAUAUAUUUGGGUGUAUACUUAUUUAUGUGCCGAGGCAUGCAUGUGAUGGAAAGUGGUCCCUGACGUGUCACAACAGAGGGACUGCCAAUACCCUUGGAUCCCUGCAGAAAUUUACCAUCCUAGAAAUAACCACGCACUCAGGAUCUGAGGAGAAAACAGGAUGAGUUGCUACAACCGCCAGCCAGAUCUAGUAAGGUGCCAUUGAGCCACAGAAUCUAUUUCAUCGAAAACAGAGGCGUACCCUGCAGCCUUCCCAUGGGGUUUCAGAACAGUUCCAAAAGCAUUUCAUUGUCCAUGUGGGGGAGUCAGUUCUUAGGGGGCUGUGAAUUGGUUCCUGCUAAAGGUUUCACUAUCUGCCUGACUAUGCCAGAGGAAAAUGAGAACAAAAAGACACAGCAGAUUUUGAGGAAGCAACUAUGGCAAUUCAAAGCCUUGUUCUCACCUUGCAUUGGCAAAACUACCUCUUCAGCAUUUUUGUUUAACUUUUGAGUCAAAAGCAUCUUCCCAAUAAAUGUCAUAUACAUCAUUAGGAAAAUAUUAUGCUAUGAGAUAAUAAGCCAUAUAUGAAUGCUGUAUACACCUUUAGGGUUUACAUUUAAUCCUAAGGUUCACCUCUUUUCAUGUCUAUUUACACGAUAUUCCUAUUUACUAAGUGGGUAGGGGUCUUUAUAUAGUGCUUCAUCGUUAAGUCAACACCUGUUCUGUUUCUGGGAUUUUUUUGUGUGCAUUAAAAAAAACUUCAAAAUUAUAUUUUGUGGAAAAAAAUUUCUUUAGAGAUGUAUUUUAGAAAAAGCAGUACUUUACCAACUCUAGGCCCAAAUAAUGGUCUUUACAAACCAAUUUUUAAGACUUACGUUGGUAACUACAUUUAGAAAAGUUAUAUAGUCACUGUGCCAUAGUAUCAGAGUGGGGAUUUUAAAACCAGAAUGCCUGUCCAGAUGCAGAAAAGCUAGAAGCAAAUUAAGUAGGUUUCAGUUUCCUCAUUUGUGAAAUGGACACACAAAAAAUCUACUUACAAGUAUUUGAUUUAAGGCCAAAUUAAGAAAAAUAUCAAGAGGGCUCUAUUUCUAUUUUAAGGAUUAAAUUAGGUAAAGUUGUCCAUAGUAUACUACAUUACACAAGUUAUGAUCAAUUACCUCUUUGUAUGUUUAAAUUAAAAAAAAAAUUUCCUGUUAACAAAAUAGAAUAUAUUUUGUGAAAGUUAUCAGUUUUCUUCAGCUUGAUGCUUGAUGAUAUGAUACAUGUACCACAGAGAUACCUCAUCAUAGCUUACAGUUUCUAGGUAGUUACACAAAGAAGGCCUCGUAGUUGUUCCCCAAGAACUAUACCACUCUAGCACUUCAUAUAAUGCAUGUCAAUGCAAUCUAUGAAGCUGGUUUACUUCCCAACAUUUUCAGAUAACUGAGCAUAUGAAACCUUGUCAAAGUGUGAUACAUCAGGACUUGGGAAAAGCUAGUUUUAUGACUAUUUUUUCAAAAUGUUAAUAUCAGUGCUUGUAAACAUGGAAUGUUCAUGUUUGUCUAGAAGCAUUUGGAGACAUUUAACACUCAGUUGCAAGUAUGUGAUUCAUACAUGUAAGUGAUUUGUUAGUCCUCCUUUAGAGAAGUUCAUUUGGAGAAGUUUAUGCAUUGUGGAUACUACAUGAUAAUACAUGUUAGUUGUAAAUGUAUAUUUUGACCAACCUCAUCCUAUUUCAAAAAGGAUAUAUUCCAUCUGUACAGAUCCCAUUCCCUCUUACCUUUGGGAGAGCUUCAGGAUCCAGUCAUGUCUUCUGUUUGUCCCCUCACUCCAACUUCAGGUACUUUUCUUUCAAAGUUUUCAUUGUUAACAAUAGCCUGAAAAAGUAGCAUAUUUCACUGACGGUUUUGAGCUUCUCCUAUUCCCAUCUGAGUCUUAACUCUUUGUAAAGUUGUCUCCUCCCCACCACUGUAUUGUAAUUCUGCAAAAGUAGAAAAAGCACCCCUCUGUGAAAUGACAAAAAUUUGGUCUUACUUGUCUCAAUCCCUUUAUGUAUCCUAUCCCUUGUCUUCACAGAGUUUGAAUCGCCCGUGGCCUUUUCUUUGAGAAUUUUUUCACUUUGCUCUGUGACACUAACCUUGGUGCGCUGAUUUAUUGACUGGCCCUUUUCAAGUUCUUUCUUGGUCUAUAUAAAACAUUUUUACUUCAAGGGUGAGCUUACUGUUUAAUCCUUUGGGCUUAACCUUUCCAUUUCCUCACUCUGCCUGAGAAAUCUAACUUUAUAGCUCCAAAUACCACUCAGAUUUGGAAGUUGACAAUAGAUAUGUUUCCAGGUUUUCAGGACUUAAUUUUAGUCCUCUUCUACAUAUCUUGACCAGGAAGCCACACACUUACAUAGCGAAAACUGAUGUUUCUGCUCUAUCAGUAAGGAAAUAAGUCUAGAAAUUUCAAACAGGGAACUUACAGAGUGAACUUGGGAGCAGCAUGUGUGAUGGAAAAGAGAGAUAAGCAAUUAACAUUGUAAUGCAAAUACUGAAAAUAGCUAUGAUCUAAUUCCUUUGCCGUAUUCACUUGGACUGCAAGCAGAGGUAACAGGUUAUUGCAGCUCUCAUAUGACACUGAGUUGAGCUGGUUGAUGGCAGUAAAUGGUGAGAAGUUGUUUAAUUCAGGACAUAGUUUGGCAGAAGAACCCAGAGUUGCUGAUGAAGGGGAUAAUGGAAAGUGAGGAACUAAUGUUUCCUGGUUUCUUGCCCUAAGCAACAGGGUACAAGGGGAAGGUGGGGGAAAUGGUGGGGAACAAAUAAGCCCCUUUUUACAUGCUAAGUUUGAGGUAUCUGUUACAUACCUACUCAGAUACCAAAUAGGCAGGUAAAUACUAAUGUGAAAUUUGUAGAAAAGGUCAAAGAUAGAGAUAAUUGUGGGAUCUGUAAGUGUAAACAGCAAUCAGUAUCAUGGAACUUUACAAGCUGAUCCCAAGAGAGAUUAUGUAUAGAGAAACAGAGAUACUCCACCCUUGGGGGUCAACCAGAGGAAGAGACUGAAAGGCAGUCAAGCAGGAAAACCAGGAGCGGGUAGUUGCUAAGGUUCACCAAGAACUGGGGUUCAAACCUUACAUGGUUUCCUUCCUCCUUAUUUUAAAAUAUCAAUGUGAUGGACAGUUAAGCAAACUUAUUGUAAUUGAGGUAUUUGGCUUUUUCAACUCUUUCCCCCCUUUUUAUAGUCAAUAGUUUUAUUAUUUUUUGAAAAUGAUUUCAAUGUAGAAAGAACUUAGUUCAUUAAAUCAAUUCUUUGGAAUAUACUCUUACUAUUCAGUAAUACUUGUUUCAGGUUAACAUGUUACCUAUCAAUUUCAUCUAGCUUGAUGAUGAGAGAUUAUUUCAAUGACCCUAUAAACAAUUUAUUUCAUUCAAUUUUAAUAAAAUAUAUCACGUGAACAACAAAACAAGCAUUCUGAAUUACAGGCUCUUGGGUUUGUAAUUUUCAACAGAAGAGAGUAUUUAAACAUGUAAUUAUUGAGGUACUUUGAUACCAGUUGUCUGAUGUAAGUCCAUACAUGUUUGAACACAAAUAUUGUAGACAUAUGCAAUCAUAGUAUUUAACCGGAAAGCAAGUGUAUUUUUAGUGUUCAAAGCAUAAAGUAGAAUAACUAAAAUUUUUAGUGUUUACAUUUUUAAUUAAUGUGUCUAAUCUUCACUAUCGUACAUGCUUCACUCAAGUUUAUUCUUUCUUAUAUAUACUACCUGAAAAAACUAAAUGCGACAGGGACUUCCACUCCUCACCUACAUCUAGUUCUUUCCUUUCUAUCUACAACAGAACACCCUAUUUCUCAAUCCACUUCCAAUUGUAUGUGAAGUUGAGACUGAUUUUAACUAAAGGAAUUUGAUAAGAAUGUCUCUUUAGGACUGUGUACAUGUACUUUUUACAUGAUUUCUUUUCUCCUUUAGCUAUGGCCACAGAACUACAGCCACAGGAUGAAAAUAGCCUGGAUCUCUGAGUUACUGCAUGGAAAAUAAUUUCCAUGAGUGUUAGAAUCAGUUCUCAAGCUUUGCAUGAUCAAGAAAUAAACCUUUCUUGUAUUA